GCUGGCCGGAGAGAGCAUCUUUGAUGUGUGACGCACCGGGGAGACGCCUGCACCGAGCAGCCCUUUUUUUUCUCACACAAAGUGGGAGGAAAUAUAAAAAACACACACACACUGGCUCAUUCCACUGCAAUGUGGACUUUAUUUAGCCUAUAACGUGCUGUCGUUGCUGGUAGAAAAAUAUGCCAUUUCUCAAUUAAAAACACUUGUAGGAACUUUUGGGAUUCUGUGCAAGUCUUUGGAGUGAUAACGACACCAUAACCACAGAGUCCUACAGACGUCCAAACCUCUAAAUAGACUUAUUAUGACAACGCAGAAUUAAAAACACCAUAAAACAAUAAGUUCUGUUUACUCUGGCUGAUCUCUUGUGCGCCCUGUGGGAGUUGGACUUUGGGUUUAUCUCUUUUUUCCCCCACACAUUAGGGUUUGUCUGAAAAGGCGUUUUAAUCCCUGGUUACCAUCUGAGCUUGUAAGGUUGAUUUGAGAACCAGCUCAUUGAACAGGUGUAGGAACAGGUGGACGUGUCAGGUGCCGUUGUACUGUGGCGUGAGCUCAAAUUUGCGCAGGCUCUAGGACCGCGGGAUGAGCUGGAUGAGAGGCAAAGUCUGCGCACCUCCACCAUUUGGAGAAGUUGGGGGUUUGUCUUGAACCUGCCUUGUCUUGUCGCUCGUGUCCCAGGCUCCAUGGAUACAGCUCUGCUCCUCAGAGGGUCGAUGGAUGCGUGCGAAUCAUUUCUUUUCUUGUUUGUUGGAUAAUUACCGUGGACUCUCAUCACUUUGGUGAAAUGCAGUCGACUUCAGGGUUGAGGCAAUGCUCAGAAAUGUGGAACUUAAGACAGCACUGGGCUAACUUCUGAGCGCUGUAACCCCCAUCUCCUUUGCACUCUCUCCAGUAUGAGGCUGUGGGGCAGAGCUACAGCUGUCCGGAGGAGGAUGCUCUGCCUCUGGCUGCUGCUCCUCGGAUUCGCCCUCGUCACGCUGGCGUUGUCUGACCUCUUAAACCGCGACAGAAGUCACAGUCAUCAGAAUCCCGGCCCUCCCCGCCGCCCCCUGCAGCGGUUCCCCAGUCCACUGGACCUUGAGGUCAUCGUGGACUCCCGGGACCCCGCAUUAGAGCUCGGCAUCGACCUCGCCCCGCUAAAAUCUCUGCAAGAAGACCAGCUUUUAUUCGUGCCAUCCACGCAGGGCACCAAAAGCCCGACGCAGAAAAAGGGGACAUACAAGGUGCUUCUGCCCGGAGCGAGCAAGGAUGCAACAGCUCCGGCGCCACCGACGCACGGUGAGAUGGGCAAAGCUGUGCGGCUACACCUGGAAGGCUCGGAAAGGGAGAUGGAGCAGGCUGCGGUACUGAAGUUCGGGUUCAACGAGGUGGUCAGCGAGAGGAUUUCACUGCAUCGCAGGCUACCUGAGGCGCGCCAUCCUGGGUGUUUGGGGGAGCAGUACAGCGAGUCGCUUCCGUCGGCGAGUGUUGUUAUCUGUUUCCAUGACGAAGCCUGGUCCACGCUCCUGCGCACCGUGCACAGCGUCCUCGAUACUGCACCCAAACAGUAUCUGCAGGAGGUUCUGCUGGUGGACGACCUGAGCCAGCACGGUCACCUGAAGACUGUCCUGAGUGAGUAUGUGUCCCAUCUGGAUGGGGUGCGUUUGAUUCGCAGCACCAAGCGCCUGGGCGUCGGAGGGUGCCGCACACUGGGUGCCGCCAGGGCUGCAGGGGAGGUGCUGGUGUUCAUGGACUCCCACUGUGAGUGCCAGAAAGGCUGGCUGGAGCCACUGUUGGAGAGAGUGGCCCAGGACAGGACCAGAGUGGUGUCCCCCAUCAUAGAUGUGAUAGACUGGCAGACCUUUCAGUACAAUGCCACCCAGUGGCCAGUUAGAGGAGUGUUUGACUGGAGACUGGACUUCCACUGGGAAUCAAACCUUACACUGCAAGACAAGGACCCAGACUCAGCUGUGCGGCCUUUGCGGACUCCAGCAUUAGGAGGCGGAGUCGUGGUCAUCGACAGACAUUUCUUCCAAAGCGUGGGAGCCUACGACCCUGGGAUGCUGCUGUGGGGGGCAGAACAAAUUGAGCUGUCAAUCAGGGUGUGGUCAUGCGGGGGCUCCUUGGAGGUGGUUCCUUGCUCUCGUGUGGCCCACCUCAACCACCAUCACCUGCCGUACCGCUUCCCAGACCAGGACCUGCUCCAGAGAAACAAGAUCCGCAUUGCAGACACCUGGAUGGAUGCGUACAGAAAGAUUUUCUACAGGAGAGACACACUGGCUCAUUUCAUCAGGCAGUCUGAGAUCCCGAACAUCAUGGAGCGUCUGCGACUGAAGAGGAGUCUGGGAUGUAGGAACUUCCACUGGUACCUGACUGCGGUUUAUCCGCAACUUUACAUCCCCCAGGACAGGCCUGCACUGUCGGGCGAGCUGUAUAAUGUCGGGACUGGCAGCUGUGCAGACUACCCUCGGGGGCAGGGACCGCAAGGUGGGCCCAUGAACGUAGCACCGUGCAGUGGGACAGGCAGCCAGCACUGCGAUCUAAACUUUGAGGGCGAAGUGCGAUGGGGUCCGAUGGGGGCUUUGUGCUUGGACAUCAAAGGAGAGAGGGCAGUUCUCUCUCCCUGCCCCGCCAAAAGACCAACCAGCAGCAGCCUCCAGUGGAAGUUUAUAAAGCUGAGCGGCCAACUCGUUCACCAACAGUCUCAGUUAUGUCUGGAGGCUGUAAAGGAAGGAGGGCCACCACAGAGCAGCCCGAGAGGGGUCGCCACCCAAACCAGCACAGGAGGUCUCUACCUGCGCUCUUGCACCCAUCACCCCAGACAACAGUGGCACUUUGAGCAGCUGGUAGCGCCUAAAGGUGCCUGAUACAGAGGUGGAUUUGCAAGAUGUGACUCCCAGGCACAUAUUAUCAUACAGUUACUAUGCAUAGUGGCACACAGUACCUUAGUGAAAUGGUGUAGAAAGAUAUACAAAAUCUAAUUUUUUGCUCCAGUUUGCCACUCAGCUUCUUUGCUCCUGUUUUAAGGAUUGCAAAUAGCCUUUAUUGUGUUAAAUAAUAAAAAACAGAUGAUCUAUUAGUGAUAUCAGCUUUACUACCUAUUAUUGUACUGUAUAUUUAAUUAUAUACAGUAUGAAAGACUAUGAAAAUUUUCUUAAAUGAUCUAUUAUCCUUUACUUAAGUAAAUGCUUUCAUUAGUUCACAUUAGUAGAUAGAAUCACAUUGAAAACCAAUACAUCUCAAUAAACUGAGUACUGGACCAUGGCUGAAUUGCCACAUUAUAGAGCUCCAGGCAUCAUAUAACUUGGUUUGUUUACAAAGCCACAUUGGCAGGAAAAAGCCUGAGCACAAAUGAACGGCACCAGCACUGAUUUCAAGCUGUCAAAGUUCACAUUUUAAAUCAGAGAAAAUUAAAAGAUAUAGUGCAGGAUUUGAUAGAUUAAACGUUACUGACCUUUACAAUAACCCAGUGUGCUUUUUAAUAAUACUGAGACAGCAGGAGCAGACAAUGUUCCAGACCUGUAGUAUCCAGACAGCUACAGUUAGAUGAUUACCAUCAUCCAACAUGUUGGCCCUGCAAAAUCCACACCAUGAUGCAUAGGUCUAAAAUGCCUUUUAUGAAAAUAUAACUGUUAAAAAUUGUAAUAAAAGCAUGUAAAAUAAACAAGAUAUUAAAUUUAGGAAGCAUUGGAUUCUAUACCUGAUAUGAGGUGAUCAGUUCUUUUGCUCGCUUCUAGCAUGUUUUAUACCAGUAAUCCAUUUUUGUCAUCUUUCAGGAUCUUUGGGAAUCUGAUAAAAUGCUCUCCCUUUUGCUUGUUCCUGACUAUUCUGGCAUCCCGGAGCACAACAGCUACCCACCAUUUUCAAUUUUUAUAAAUACCGCGAGCAAAGAGUCAAGUUAGCUGCUAACAGUGAUAUGUCUGGCAGUAAUUUGAACAGUGUGCUUUCCUGCCAAUAUGGUGGUGUUUUAAUUUUGACUGUUGCAUGCUGGGAUUGCAUGAUAUCAACAACCAGAGCUUUUAAGCUCCACUGGCCAUCAUGAUCUCCUUCAAAUCUAAGCUCAGGCUUGAAGGAAGACAGAACCAAAACUCAGUCUGUAUGUUAUCCCAAAAGUUCUGUUGUGAGAAGUUCCUCCAGAUUUCCUCUCACCUAUGGUAGAUUUAAGUCAUCUAAACUUUAACCCCAACACCUCCAGUGCACCCCUCCUCUCUCUUUAUCUUAAAGUUAGAAUUAAAAACCCAUUAAACACUUGAAGUAAGCAGAGAUAAGACGAAACAGGACCUGUUUUCUGAAUGGUUCCUUGACUGUUGAAAAGGAUCAGGUAAAAACAACUUUAAUCAACACUAAUAAAGAACUGCCUGUAUCUUAGAGUCUAACCAACCCGGAGCACAGUUAUUUUAAGGUUAUUUUAAGGACCCAUGAUUAAUAUGUGUGCACUUGCAGCUAUGCUGUUUAAUUCCAAUCAAAGGGAAUUUCAAUGCUACAGCUUACAGUGGCAUUUUAGGCCAUCACAACAGUGUUUCACAGGGAUUAUAAUGUUUAGCAUCCACAUACUUUUACAGGGGGUCAAAUCAGGUCAAAUGAAAAAAUAGUAAUAUUGAAAAAAAGCCUGCAUGAGUGAAGAACAGGAUUAAUUAAGCACUGAUUAGUUAUUAACUACCCCAGCAAGCUGUAUUCUAAAAUGUUGUCUUCUUCCUCAGUGUGCUUGGUAUCUUUACACCCUUUCACCAUGUACUGUAUAUUAAACCUCUUGCCAAAUUAAAAA